AUGAGGGACAGGAGGCCCCUGGACUCUGUGGAGGAAGUGAGGGACAGGAGGCCCCUGGACUCUGUGGAGGAGAUGAGGGACAGGAGGCCCCUGGACUCUGUGGAGGAGGUGAGGGACAGGAGGCCCCUGGACUCUGUGGAGGAGGAGGUGAGGGACAGGAGGCCCCUGGACUCUGUGGAGGAGGUGAGGGACAGGAGGCCCCUGGACUCUGUGGAGGAGGUGAGGGACAGGAGGCCCCUGGACUCUGUGGAGGAGGUGAGGGACAGGAGGCCCCUGGACUCUGUGGAGGAGGUGAGGGACAGGAGGCCCCUGGACUCUGUGGAGGAGGUGAGGGACAGGAGGCCCCUGGACUCUGUGGAGGAGGUGAGGGACAGGAGGCCCCUGGACUCUGUGGAGGAAGUGAGGGACAGGAGGCCCCUGGACUCUGUGGAGGAGAUGAGGGACAGGAGGCCCCUGGACUCUGUGGAGGAAGUGAGGGACAGGAGGCCCCUGGACUCUGUGGAGGAGGUGAGGGACAGGAGGCCCCUGGACUCUGUGGAGGAGGUGAGGGACAGGAGGCCCCUGGACUCUGUGGAGGAGGUGAGGGACAGGAGGCCCCUGGACUCUGUGGAGGAGGUGAGGGACAGGAGGCCCCUGGACUCUGUGGAGGAGGUGAGGGACAGGAGGCCCCUGGACUCUGUGGAGGAAGUGAGGGACAGGAGGCCCCUGGACUCUGUGAAGGAGGUGAGGGACAGGAGGCCCCUGGACUCUGUGGAGGAGGUGAGGGACAGGAGGCCCCUGGACUCUGUGGAGGAAGUGAGGGACAGGAGGCCCCUGGACUCUGUGGAGGAGGUGAGGGACAGGAGGCCCCUGGACUCUGUGGAGGAAGUGAGGGACAGGAGGCCCCUGGACUCUGUGGAGGAGGUGAGGGACAGGAGGCCCCUGGACUGUGGAGGAGGUGAGGGACAGGAGGCCCCUGGACUGUGGAGGAGGUGA